UCGGGCACUGCCACAGCUGCUCUGCCAAUAACAAAGGCAUAGCAUUUUCCCUCUUGUGCAUCUCCAACAUGGAUGCUUUUCAGGGCAUUUUAAAAUUCUUCCUUAAUCAGAAAACUGUUAUCGGCUAUAGCUUCAUGGCUCUGCUGACUGUGGGAAGUGAGCGUCUCUUUUCUGUCGUGGCUUUUAAGUGCCCCUGCAGCACUGAAAAUAUGGCCUAUGGGCUGGUUUUCCUCUUUGCUCCUGCCUGGGUGUUACUGAUCCUGGGAUUCUUUCUGAACAACAGGUCAUGGAGACUCUUCACAGGCUGCUGUGUGAAUCCCAGGAAAAUCUUUCCCAGACGCGACAGCUGCCGUUUCUUCUACGUCCUCGGCCAGAUCACCCUGAGCUCAUUGGUGGCUCCAGUGAUGUGGCUUUCUGUGGCUCUGCUCAAUGGAACUUUUUAUGUAUGUGCCAUGAGUGGGACGAGAAGUUCAGGACUCCUGGAACUGAUUUGCAAGGGUAAGCCCAAAGAGUGCCAGGAAGAACUUUAUAAAGUGUCUUGUGGCAAAACUAGCAUGCUACCCACCAUCAGUGAAGAACUGAAACUGUCCCUUCAGGCCCAGUCUCAGAUUCUAGGAUGGUGCCUGAUUUGUUCAGCUUCUUUCUUCUCUCUGCUCACCACAUGUUAUGCUCGCUGCCGAUCUAAAGUUAGCUACCUUCAGCUGAGUUUUUGGAAGACAUAUACACAAAGGGAGAAGGAGCAGUUGGAAAAUACGUUUCUGGACUAUGCCAACAAGCUGAGUGAGAGGAACCUGAAAUGCUUUUUUGAAAACAAGAUGCCAGAUGCCUUUCCCAUGCCUACGUUUGCUGCCUGGGAGGCUGCUUCAGAGCUGCAUUCUUUUGACCAAAGCCGGCAGCACUAUAGCACCCUCCACAGAGUGGUGGACAAUGGUCUGGAACUUAACCCUGAAAAUGAUGAGACGACAAUGAUUCUCGUGGGUACUGCCCACAAUAAGUAGUUCAUCCAUCAUCAUUGACUUACGGUGUUGAGUGGUGUGCUCAUUUUGGGGUUCUCCUAAUGUAUCACCAGCAACCUCGAUAUCUUCUGAAUUUUCUUACCUUUAUAGUGUCUUUACAAGACAGUAAUACAAAGGAAACUGCUUUGAAGCUCUCAAGUGGAGUAUCAGAAUGUGCUCAAAUUGAUGCUGAAGGGUCACAAAGGUGCUCUUGCCUUGGUGGAGAGUGCACUCGGUAGGCUCAAAUGUUGCCCCAAGAUCUAAGAUUUUAUCAUUCAACAGACAGACUUAUGUGAGAGGGCUCAUCAGUCUCUGUAAAUAUUGGUUGCAGAAUUUAGGGGCAGAGGCAAUGGCUUGCGAAUGAGCAAGUUACUCUUAACAAAAUUGCCCUACACAGUGGCUCCUGCAGUGUGAUCAGCAGGAUAGAAUUAAUUCCCUCAGAAUCUGAAGACCUGAGUCCUCAAAAAAAAUUAGUUGGAAGAAUAUGAUGCCUAAAAUUGAAAGUUUUAAACACUUUUUCACUGUAUACUGAAAAUAUGCCCCUGGAAGCAGGGCUGAAUCAUGGUUUUUGUGGGUUUUAUGUACUUUUGCCUUUGUGAACCACUUCCUACUUUCAAAAUAGUAGUAAUAAAUAUAUAGAUAUAUAACAAAUGUAUAUAUAUUUAUAACUGCAUUGAUAAAAGGUGAAUAUAGUAGCAUUUUCUUCAACCUAAAAGUUUAUAUAUUUCCUUCUGCCUUUAAAAGAAAUUAAAAACAUUUUUGUGGGCCCUUAAAAGUAUGGUGGGCCUUAGGCACAGUGCUUCCUAGGCUGUGGGUACAUCUUCGUGGGUUUGGGCUACUAUAACCAAAUAUCAUAGAUUAGGUGGCUUAUAAAAAAUAUAAAUUUAUUUCUCACAGUUCUGGAGGCUGGAAAGUCUGAGAUCAGGGUGCCAGCAUGGUCAGGUUUUGGUGAGAGCCAUUUUCCAGGUUACAAACUGCUUACUGACUUCUAGCAACCUCCCAUGGCAUAAAGUGUAAAUAAGCUCCCUUGAGCAUUUUUCAGAAGGCACUAAUCCCAUUCCUGGAGGCUCCACCUUCGUGACCCAAUUACCUCUCAAAGGCUUUGCUUCUUAAUACCACCAGCUUGGGGGUUGGGAUUUCAACGUAUGAAUUUGGGGGAGACACAAAUAUUCAGACUAUAGUAGGGUAUAAUAGGGUAAAUCGGCCCUGACUAAAGGUCUGGGGGAUACUUUCCAAAGCAGUACUGACAUAAAACUGUAUUGUAGUCUUACACUUAUCAGAAAUAAUGCAAAUUUUACAUUUACAAUGUACUAUAUCCAAUGUAUACAUAUAUAUAUGUAUAUAUAUAUGUACAUAAAUUCUUAAAUCUCUGAGUAGAAUUAUGCUUAAAGAAGAACUAUGUUUUGUGCUGUGGCUCAUACUUUAUAUCAGUGAGAGUCUAUAUCCCCUAGUUUGAGAAACGUGAAUAUAAACUUAUUACCAUGAAACAUGAUGGCAAACUGAAUCCUAUAGGUAUAAGACCCAGAACAUGUCUAUGUUAUUGCUGUUUACAAGAAGAAUUAUAUAUUUGGUCUUUCCUCCCAUUCUAUGUGCAGAGUUCCUAAAACCUUUGGGACCUCCCAAGUGAUAUGUCUGGUAGUAUGCUAAUGAGAUGACUGGGGCUAGGGGCUUCUGAAUGGCCUCAGAAUGGGAUCUGGUUGCCAGGGGAACCAACGAUGUGUUCAGAGGAUUGGAAGUUUCAGCCCCACUCCCAGACCUUGGGGAAGGGAGAGGAGCUGAAGGUUGAGUAAAUCACAAAUGUAUAGUGAUUUAAUCAAUCAUGCCUAAGAAUAAAGCUUCCCAUAAAAACCCAAAAGGACAAGGUUCAGAGAACUUCUGCAUUGCUCAAUACAUGAGGGAUGGUGUGCCCAGAAUGGGCAUGGAAUCUCCGUGCCCCUUGCCCCAAACCUAUUCCUGUGCAUCUCUUCCAUCUGGCUGUUUCUGAGUUAUAUUCUUUUAUAAUAGACUGAUGAUAGUAAAUAAGGCUCUUUCUGAGUUCUGUGAGCUGCUCUAGCAAAUGAUGAAAUCUGAGAAGGAAAUCAUGGGAAUCUCUGCUUUGUAGCCAUGUCAGACAGAAGAUGUGAGUAACUUUAGAACCUACUGCUUGUGACUAGUGUCUGAAGCUGGGGGAGGUCUUAUGGGACUGAGCCCUUAACCUGCUGGGGGUCUGCACUUUAUACUGGUUAAUGCCAGAACUGAAUUGUGAGAUAUCCAGUUGGUGUUGGAGAAUUUGUCAGUGUGGGAGAAAACCCACACAAUUGGUGGCAAGGAGUGUUCAGUGUUGAGGGUGAAUGUCAAAAAAAAAAGUUUGUCUUUUCUAUGUAUAAUAUCCUUGGGAACUUGGAGGUGCAGGGUCAGAAAUCCGUGUGUGUAUGUGGCAGGGACAUACAGGGAUUAGGAAUGUGAGAGGGUAGAGUUGUCAGAAUGCAGGGAGACAAAAUUC